GCGAUGUUUAAGCACGUCUUGUUUGAUUAUAAACCUGCACGUGUCAAGUGGAACUACCGUAGCGAACCGGUUUUCCCCACUCCCGUAUUACAUGGGAAAGCCAAUCUUCCUCUUACUGUUCCUGAUACCAUUACAACAUGGAAGGCCACUGGAUUCUGCCUAGAUGGUCAAGCUGGAUUUGGCAUCUCCCCUUCCAUCUCUCUGACAGCCUUCCAGCCCUUCUUUGUGGACCUCACUCUGCCUUAUUCAGUUGUUCGAGGAGAAGCGUUCAUCCUGAAGGCCAAUGUCUUCAAUCACCUAGAUGGAUGUAUUCAGAUUAGUACUGGACUGAUGCCAUCGAAUGCUUACCAAGCCAGACUUCUCCCAACUGAAGAUAAAAACCUUUGCAUAUGUGGCAGUGAGAGAAAAUCUUACUCCUGGCUCGUUACUCCCCAAACACUGGGUACUGUCAACCUCACAGUUGUUGCCGAAACCUUGCCGCACUGUGUCUGUGGAAAAAGAUCACCCCUGACUCUGAACUCUGCCUGGAGGGAUACACUGGUCAGACCGCUGCUGGUUGAGCCUGAAGGUAUUGAAAAGGAGAUGACACAGAGCUCACUUGUUUGCACAAAUGGAUCCACAGUGUCUCAAUCAGUGUUGUUACCAUCACCAGGGAAUCUAGUGAGAGAUUCAUCUAGAGCUUACUGGUCCGUUCAUGGGGACAUUCUCGGUCCUGCCAUGCAAAAUUUAGAGACUCUUCUCCAAGUGCCUUUUGGCUAUGGCGAGCAGAAUAUGGUCCUUUUCUCUUCAAAUUUCCAUAUUUUGGACUACCUGAGCCAGACUCAACAACUGACAGAAACGAUCAAAUUCAAGGCCAUUGCAUCCUUGGUCAAAGGCUAUCAGAAACAAUUGUCGUACAAGCACCCAGAUGGAUCGUAUAGCACCUUUGGACCUCAAGAUCCACAAGGACACGCAUGGAUCACCCCAUUGGUUUACAAGUAUUUUGCACUAUCUAAGCCCUACAUUUUUAUCGAUGACAACAUCCAGUCUCGGACCUUUAUUUGGCUCAUGAAUAAUCAACAAUCAGAUGGCUGCUUCUUAAACGUUGGCCAUGCUUUCAACAGUGCCUGGAAGGGAAAAGAUGAUAAGAUUUCUCUCACUGCCUACGUUGUUAACGCACUGAUGGAAGCUGGUCACCCAAUCUCAUCUGCGCCAAUUCAAAAGGGCCUUCAGUGCCUCGAGGCUGCAGCGAGGGACAGAGCCACUACGACCUACGAGAAGGCUCUGCUGGCCUAUACUUUCAGUUUAGCAGGUCAAGAAGGCAAACGGAAAUUUUUCAUCAACCAGCUAAAAGAGAAAGCAAAGAAACGAGAUGGCUUGGUGUACUGGGAACUAGAAAAGAAGCUGUCUGUCGUAGACUCCUCCUGGGGCUACCCUUGGGCGUCCUCUGCAGAGAUAGCGACGAACUGUUAUGGUCUGUUGGCCGUUCUCUCCACCCCACAGCUGACCGCAGGAGAGCUGUCCUAUGCAUCGAAGAUUGUAAAGUGGGUGUCAAGGCAGCAAAAUUCCCGUGGAGGUUUCUCUUCCAGCAUGGAUACUGUUCUGGCUCUCCAAGCUCUGACCCUGUUCCAAAGGCUCACUUUCUCUAGAAACAGACAAAAUUCAGUGCUUAUUUCCUCUAGCCAACCAUUCUACAUGGGCUUCCACGUGAACAAUCAGAACCGUUUGCUGCUACAGCAGAUUCCUUUGCCAGCAACUAACAAGAACUACACAGUGGAAGUGAACGGCUAUGGUUGCGUGUUUGUACAGGCAACCCUGAAAUACAGCAUUUUCCUCCCCAAGAAGUCAACCGGGUAUUUUCUUUCUGUGAAUACAGCCAAUGCGGUCUGCAGAGGAUCAUUUGAUACAAAGUUUGAUCUCGUUGUUGCAGCCAGUUAUUUGGGGAGGCGCAGCUCUUCCAACAUGGCAAUCAUUGAUGUGAAGAUGCUUUCAGGCUUUGUGCCUGGUAAACCAUCUAUUGAAAAGCUUCAGAGAGAUGGGCAAGUACAGCGAGCAGAAACCAAAGCCUCUCACGUGGUUUUCUAUCUGGAGAAUAUCACACAAAGGAAAAUACAGUUCUCAUUCUCUGUGGAACAGGAUGCACUUGUCACAAGCAUCAGGCCCGCGUUCAUUCAGCUCUAUGAUUACUAUGGAGCGGAUGAAUAUGCGUAUUCAGAAUACCACACACCAUGUCAUCAGACGUCUUUUGCAAGUUCCUUGUUCUAGGAUAAGGGAAAGAAGACACCUUGGACACAUCUGUCUGUUGAGUGAACAUGAUAGCUUGUUUCAACCAAAGAAAAACAUUCAGAGUCUUCUAUGGAGUGGUUAUCAAGUUCAUCUCCCCCAGGCACCGUCAUCCCUCUGUGCACUACCUUGGGCUUCUUGCUUUCUGCCCUUGGCCCUUCUUGGAAGCAUCAGCAAUCAGUAAGCUCCCUUGUGCAAAUACAGGAGUGAAGUGCAGGUUUAAUUAAUGCUUCCCUCCUGGGAUGAAGGUCAGCCAAUAGGGGACAGGCAUUCUGCCUCUGGUCAGAGACUUCCGGAAGCGUUCCAAAUGCUUCUCCUGGAUCUCCUUGAAACGGAGCUCCCUCGUUUCCAGAGAGGUUCAACAGCAAACUCCUAAAGUAACCUUUUUCCUUAACCGUCCCAAUCUUCCUGCGCCCUUACUCCCGCUCUCUGGAACCACCUCCAGAGUAAAUGAUCUGCCUGUAAGGUCUUGCCCUAGACUGCUUCCAGGGCCACCCAAGGAGACUACGUAUUGCAACAAUCACCAACUAACUACAGAUAAGUUUUUAUUAUAUAGGGACUAUUUUAAUAUGCUGAUACUUUAGUUUGGGUAUUUGUGUUUUUUAAAAUAAUUUCUUUAGGUUAUUGAAGAACAGAAUUUGUAUAUUUUAACAUAAUCAUGUUUAUUUUCAUUGGAAACCGAAAACUACUUUCAAAUAUAUUUUU